AUGGCCCUCCUCCCUACGGACCAGACCGAUGCGGACGUUGCUCAUCUACAAGCCUCAGAAGUUGAUCCUCUCCUUGGGCCUCGCACCAUGGCUGAACCUUCGCAGGAUCCGUCGCGUUUGGAGACGGCACCCGAUGCGGGUGUGGCUCGUCGUGUCUUGAAAAAGAUUGACAGAGCGAUUAUUCCGUUGCUGUUUGUCACGUACAUGCUCAAUUUUAUGGAUAAGAUCAUCCUGUCGAGCGCAGCUGUGUUUGGACUGCGCGAUGAUAAUCACCUCGUCGGGCAGCAGUAUAGCUGGGUGUCCAGCAUCUUUUAUUUUGGGUACCUUGUUUGGGAAUAUCCCACGACUAUCCUGAUUGCCCGCCUACCCACCGGCAAGUAUCUCACCGCAAACACUCUCUUCUGGGGAGCGGUCGUUGCCUUGACGGCUGCUUGCAGGAACUUUGGCGGUCUCAUGGCUGUUCGUUUCCUCUUGGGUGUCGCCGAAGCCACCAUCACGCCUGGGUUCAUGUUUUUGACAUCAACAUGGUACACCCGUGAUGAGAUGCCCACCCGUGUAGGUAUCUGGUUUGCCGGAAACUCUGUCGGUGGACUGGUAUCAAGCCUACUUGCCUUUGGCGUUGGACAUAUCAAAGACGAUGUUCAUCCUUGGAGAUGGAUGUACAUCAUUCUCGGGGUCGCCACCUUUCUCUGGGCGAUCCCCAUGUUCUUCUUCCUGCCUGACAGCAUUUCGAAAGCAAAGUUUCUCACUCCCGAGGAACGACAAAUUGCAAAGAACCGUGUCAUCAUCGCAGGUACCGGUUCAACCGAGAAUUCAUCCUGGAAAUGGGACCAAGUAGUAGAGUGCCUCAUCGACCCCAAGUCCUGGCUCAUCUUCUUUAUCAGUCUCUUGACGCAGAUUCCCAACGGCGGAACUCAGGGCUUCUCAAACAUCAUCAUCCAAUCCUUUCACUUCACCAACCUCCAAUCCACGCUCAUCAACAUCCCCUACUCUCUCAUCACGGCCGGUGUCAUCGCCGGCGUGGGCCACCUCUCCGGCCGUUUCCGCAAACUCAACUGCCUUCUCAUCGUUGCCGUCGUGAUGCCCUGCGUCGUCGGUGCGGCCAUCAUCUACCGCCGAGGCAGUGUAUCUCAUGGCGUCCAACUAUUCGCCUACUUCCUCCUAUCCACUGGACCUGCCGCAAUGCCACUCGCCAUGUCUCUAGUGCAGUCUAACUUCCGCGGCGUCACUAAGAAAAUGACCAUUACGGCCAUGCAGUUCAUCGCCUACUGUACGGGGAAUAUUGUUGGGCCGCAGCUCUUCCGCCAAACCGAGGCGCCAACGUACGAGUCUGCUUUUCAGGCCAUCAUGAUUUGCUAUGCGCUGGCGAUAACCCUGGCCGUGGCGCUCAGAUUCUACUUGCAGUGGGUGAAUGCGAAAAGGACUAGGGAAGAAGGGUUUGAGGGUAGUGCUGGUGCUGCUGGUGCGGUUGCUGAUGGGAAGAUGCCUACACAGCUUACUGGGAGGGAUGUUGCUGAGGCGGCGACGGAAGUGCAGCUUCGGCCGGAGGAUUAUGAGGAUGUGACGGAUUGGAAAAUGGUGGGGUUCAGAUAUCGUUUGUAA